AUGUCUUCGUCUCGAGCGGAAUCACAGCAGCCCCAGUUCAACAGGCGGCGGUCCAAUACCGCCUCAUCUCUGUUUAGAGGUCCCCCAGCGACACCGCUCAAAGUCGGCGACAAAAAGGUCUUCACGACCUGGGUGUACGACCCCAAGGACACGCCGACCGUCAUCUUCAACCACACCCUGUGGCCGGGCGUUGCGGAGGGAGACAUGUUCUCCGUGCGCUCGCCCAGCGCGGACGACGCGUCUGGAUUCUUCUUCAUCGCGUCCAAGGACGAGGGCAGCGUGAAGCCUCAACUGCAGAUAUCCAUACCGCGGCACGUGGCGGAUACCUUCGGUCUCAGGAAUAACGGGGAGGUCCUAUUGACCAAGGUGGACAAAGACAAAUGCUCCGCCGACCAUAUAGAAUUCAUCUUCCAGGAUCAGUAUCUAGGCCGCAAUGAUAUGUGGAGACUUGGCAAGCAACUAGUAGGCCAGUGCAUCUACGUCGAACAGGAAGUUUCAUUCAUCGGAGCUCCCGCUGCGAAAAUUGAGGCCAUCUAUGUGGAUGGCAACAAGGUGUCGGCUGCUUAUGUUACAGCAGCAACGAAGGCGAUCUUCCGCUCAUUGACCGCCCGAGCAACAAUAUUCAUCCAAGUCUGCCGUGAGCUAUGGGAGUUUGCUGGCGACGGCGAACGUUAUUAUGAGAAGAUUGUCCACUCGUUCCUACCUGCUCUUUUCAACAAAUGGCGCGAAGCUGGUACAAACCAUAUUGUCACAAUUGUGCUGAUAUCCAGGGUCUACUAUGACAGUUCUGAGACUGAGUACGCGGCGGGUCCCCUGCGGCGAGACGACGACGGGAACUGGUACAAAGAUUUCUACAAAAUCAUUACUGAUCUGGAGGUCAUCUACGACUGGAAGCCCACUCUCAUCGAUCUCAAGAAUUCUUUCUGGGCCUUCCAGCGUGACAUCCUUCUGACCCAUCAUUACCACCGAGCACUGGUUGGCAUGCCAUCGCAAUCGUCUGAGAACCCGCUGGACCAGGUGCGACUGGUGGGACGCCUCUCGUGUGCGCAUGACGGCCCCAUCCUCGAGGCGAUCAAUUUGGGCCUAAACCCGACGGAGACCCAUUAUAUUGACCGCUCCCUCUCGCUGACUGGGUCGUCGACGAUUCUCAUUACUCCCGGGACGGGAUACUUCAGGGUAUCGAAGCAGCUGCUGAGACUCACGACGAUGCGUAUGCUGGACCAGGGCUUUGGCCUGGAUCUGGUGUCCUUAGCCAAACCCCCGCUGCAUCAAAGCCCGAUAUUCUCAUUCUCUGGUACUGAACCUGAACUACGUUCUGAGCGGGAGGGCAGGCUCGGAGCACGGAUCAUCGACCCGUUAUGGGGUGGCGAUGAUGCCCUUGCGGAUUCGCCGGGAAGGGAGAGGACGACGUUUUGGUGGGACCCGUUCUGGAUGUCCGUCUCGUUCUGGGACAAACAAAUGGAUUUACCUUUCAGAGAGGACAGGUUUAUUGCUCGAGCCAAGAUGUACGAGGUGGAGAUGCUAGGUCUCCUGGACCAUGAUGUACUUUCCAGCAUAGAAGUGCCUUAUUUGCCAGAGCAGCGCAUGCAAGCCUCUACACCCUCUUCCGAGGCAGGUCCGGAUAACAAGCUGACCAAGCAGGAGGCCGAUCUAUUCGACCAGAACGUAUUCUCUUUCCAUAGAGAACCUAAGCCAACUACAACAGGCCGGAAUUCUCUCGCGUCUUCACUUAGCGGGACCGUUGUUGCCCCUUCGUCACUACGGUCCUCUGUAAUCUCUCAGAGGUCAUCCAUGAUCUCUCAAGCGGCGCUCUCGACUUCCGGUAGGUUCCAGACCAUCGAGGAGAGCCCUUUGCGGGCCACACGAGACCUACCAUCUGGACAAUUCUCCGAAUCCGAACAUCCAACCCCUCUUGUAUCUCUCAGUGGUCUGAGCAGCUCGCCGUCCCAAGCCUCUAUUCUGUCCACCCAGUCGACAGCUUCUGCGUCCACCAUGUCGUCGACUAACCCUGAUGGCAGACCUCGAAGGCCAGGCUCCACUCGCAGCGUCCUUAGCUCCAAAUUCUCAGCUCCCUCCUGGCUGUUCAAUGCCUUCAGAAGCGGACCCAGUCACCCGCAGACUUCUCCUGUCUCCGCGCCGGGUGUAUCCACCUCUCACACUGGUACUCCUGUCUCAACGCCGAAGGCUACGGACGCGACUUCGUCAACGCCCACUAGCACAUCAACCGUUUCACGGCCUCCGAAACCUGUCAGUAUCAGGAAUAAUCCGUCCGGCCGCGUGAUGAUGAACCGGGCCCUGGAAGAGGAUGUGUAUGGCCUUGCUCGCAACCGUUCUUCUCCUGUCAACACUCCUCCACGCGAUGAUGCUACCUUCGGUAGACGUAAUACCGCUAUCAGCCUGACGAUCGGUCCGAUGUCUUCGUCUCCCAGUUUCCGCACGAAUCCUUCCAGACCCAGAUCUUCGGUGGCUCCCAGUCAGUCCAUCCUCGCCCGCCGCUGGGAGCAUAUGUUCCCUCAUCCGUUGUACAAGCAUGAUAUCAAGUGGGGAUCCAUGACUACGCCAGGAUGCCUUCCCCUUACGACGGAGUAUUUCCCUUCGGCUUCCGACCUUGAAGCUUCGUACGAUCUACACGACUACGAAACAUACAUCGACCCAUCUGAGAUCAAAUCAUACCUGGUCAAGCCCCCACCUCCAAGCAACUCUCCAGAUCAGGAAAGGCGAGCAUGGGCAUUGAUGAUUAUGCGAGUUAUGGCCGCGGUCAGAUUAGCGCAAGGAUUUCAAUUUAUUCUCCAGCCAGCACGGAACAAGGAUGAAGAUAUUCCCAAUCCACUUCGGCGGACCCACUCCUUCAUGACGGAAGAAGAAACGGUGCCUAGGGUGAGAGGGGCAUCAGAAGUCCUCGUAUCACCCGAAGAACCCGUAUACCUCAGUAUGAGCAACGAGAUUCAUCGUAUCUCUUACAAUGGUGAGGCCGUACAAAUCCGGAGAUACGUCAGAAGGUUACCUCCAAUCCGUCCAUUCCAGUAUCAAUGCUUGAUAUGGCCUAAGCUCGGUGUUGGUUAUACUGAACUGAAGACCUCUUUCGUCUCCCAUGGCUUGGAAAACUAUCUGUGGAACAGAUUAGAUAUGGUUGUUGCAGGGUUUGAACCGCAGUUCAACGAAUCCUUGAGGUACUGGAGGACCCGUUUCGUCGUCAUACCCACGCCGGAAUCACCAUCGGCCUCUAUCGGUCCAGCUGGAGAAAAGCUGAAUGAAGAGGAAACUCGUCUUCUGGGUAUGGAUAAACUUGCGGAGAUGUUCACUCGCCUCCGCUGGCGUCCUCCUGAAGAUAAGAAUAACGCUGUCACUCCUGUUAGAUUUUUGCCGACCGACCUUGGUCCUACAGCAUGCCUGUUUGACGAUCAUCUGAUAGCGCAGCUUGACGAGAUUCACGCCAAGGGACCUUUGAGGAAGAAGAAGGUGGAGAGAGACAUCGCAUCGAUGUCAAUCGCUAAUAUCGCAAAAGCAAUGCGAGAGGAAGAUGGAGUUCCUAUUAAGGAUCGCUGGUGGCAUGGUCGGAGGUACACAAGUGUUUUCACUGGGGCGGAGUUCAUCUCAUGGCUCCUACGGGAGUUCCGAGACGUCUCGACUAGGGAGCAAGGGGCGGAGAUAGGACAAAAGCUCAUGGAGCAGGGCCUGUUAGAGCACGCCAGGGGAGCUCACGGCUUCCUAGACGGGCACUACUUCUAUCAGCUGAAGGGCGAGUUUGCCGUGCCUAUGACACCGCGAAAUAGCUGGUUCCGGCCGUCUCGCCACGUUUCCAAUCCUGAAGAUAGUGGCCCUCGUGCUGGCCACUAUCCAGGUAGUACAGCCAAGGGACUCAGCCCGAGAAAGGGCAAGAAGCGCCUCAUCCUGAGUCAAAGUAUGGUCAUUGACAUAGAUCCCGCAAAGCGAAGCGAUCAGGCGGAAUGUGUGGUUUUACACCACGAUAUUAUCCAUAACCCUGCGACUUGCUUUCAUUUCGAGUUGCACUGGAUCGGGACAACGGCUCGCUGUAUCGAAGAUACACUGCGUCAAUGGAGCCGCACUAUUGAACGAUAUGGCCUAAAACUUGUUGAAGCUUAUGUAGGCCAGAUCGCUGACAUCAGGGACCGCAAUGCCUUCCAAUCUUGUUUCCCCAUCCGUCCCGUCGUUCCUUCUCCCUUCGUCCCGGGACUGGAGAGGCGGGUUCCGGAAGGAACACAAACCGCAUAUUACUUUGAGUAUGCGCUCCUCAAGCGAUUCGGGUUCGUGCUCGACAUUGAAGCGGCACACCUUUAUCCGGAGCAGAUUGAUGUCGUCUACUCGUACCGGCGGUCACCCUUCAACUACUCCCAGUUUAUCCAUCGUACCGGCGUCGCCUUCGUGCAGGUGCUAGGGAAGAGCCAGGGCUUCUUGUUCCUGACCAACCGUCUCAUGGCUCCUGGGCGGAUGGGUACGUUGAAGAGCAAAGAACAAGGUCCUGCGGUCGCAGCCGAAGAGCUCAGGGUCAAGCUUCACGCGUUCUGUCAAGAUCGUCAACAGCUCAACAAAUUCUAUGACGAGGAACUAGCGCAAUUAACGGAAGUACCAGAGGAACCACCACCUCUCAGUAUAUAG